AUGCUGAGAUCCUGUAUAGUUUCUGCUCCUGGUAAAGUUAUCUUAAAUGGAGAACAUGCCGUCGUAUAUGGCAAAAAUGCCAUUGCCGCUAGCUUGGGUCUCCGUACAAUUGCACAUUUUACCCCCGCCACUGACGAAAACUCGAUUAUCAUAGAACUACCCGAUAUCAGUAUCAAGCGUAAAUGGAGCUGUGACACUAUCGCUGCGGCCCUACAUUUGCCACUAGGAAAUCCAUUAAAUCCAUCACCACCAACUUUUAAGCAAUUGGCAGCCCUUGUUAGCUUAGCUGGAACUCAAGCAGAUACCACAGACAACAAGUCUCUUGCAAUUCUUACAUUUUUAUUCUUAUAUGCGGCUAUUAUUAGAACGUCAGAUGGGUAA